GAUAGCGGAGUGUGCGCUCCUGUCCUCUCCUGUCUUCUCGCGCUCGGUUCUGACACCUGCAGCUCAGGCGCUCUCCGACAGAACUUCCACCAGCGCUCGCACUCUUACCCAGGAGUCCUUGCCCUCAGUUCUGCGUCCCUACUCCGAACCAUGGGCCGUCAGAAGGAGCUGGUGUCGCGCUGCGGGGAUCUGCUCCGGAUCCGGUAUCGGCUGCUGCGCCAGGCUCUCGCUGAAUGCCUCGGGACGCUCAUCCUGGUGAUGUUCGGCUGUGGCUCUGUGGCCCAGGUUGUGCUGAGCAGAGGAACCCAUGGUGGCUUUCUUACCAUCAAUCUGGCCUUUGGCUUUGCAGUCACUCUUGGUAUCCUUAUUGCUGGUCAAGUGUCUGGUGCCCAUCUGAAUCCAGCUGUGACCUUUGCUAUGUGCCUUCUGGCCAGGGAGCCCUGGAUCAAGCUACCCAUCUAUACACUGGCUCAGACAUUGGGGGCCUUCCUAGGGUCUGGGAUUGUCUUUGGACUGUACUAUGAUGCAAUUUGGAGCUUUGCUGGUAAUGAACUUGUUGUCUCUGGCCCCAACGGCACUGCUGGCAUCUUUGCCACCUAUCCUUCUGGCCACUUGAACAUGGUCAAUGGCUUCUUUGACCAGUUCAUUGGCACAGCAGCUCUUGUCAUCUGUGUGAUGGCUAUCGUGGAUCCCCAUAACAACCCAGUUCCUCGAGGCCUUGAAGCCUUUACUGUUGGCAUUGUGGUCCUGGUCAUCGGUACAUCCAUGGGCUUCAACUCUGGUUAUGCUGUUAACCCAGCUCGAGAUUUUGGUCCCCGCCUCUUCACUGCCAUUGCCGGUUGGGGUACUGAGGUCUUUACAACUGGUAGGAACUGGUGGUGGGUCCCCAUCAUCUCACCCCUUCUUGGUGCCGUUGCUGGAGUUUUGGUCUAUCAGCUCAUGAUUGGGUUUCACCUGGAGACUCCUCCUCCUUCCACAGAGCAGGAGAACGUCAAGCUGGCUCAUGUGAAACACAAAGAACAGAUCUAAGUUGGGAGUUCCAGUUUCCUCUCCCUCCAGGAUCCCCACUCCUUCCCCCAGGAACUGACAUUGAUAGAACUGUGCAGGAGAUAUACCCCAAAGCAGCCAUAGCCUCCACCUCUCUGGUCCCCGUUCCUCCAACUCCUCUAGCCCAGGAAGACCCCUUCCUGAGGGCUAUGUUUAGCAAGAAUGCUAAAAAAAAAAAAAAUCCCCAAAGUCCCUCAAACCUCUCUCCCCACGCUAGGGGUUAAUGAAUCCUUGGGAAUCCUGGCAAGUGUGGAUUUUCACUGGAUGCUGGAUGUAAGCCAUGCCCCGAAAUUGGUGCCAGACCUGAAGUGGGCUAUUUGCCAGAAAUAAUAAAUCACUGAGUUCUCGGAAGGUUCCCCAGAGAGAAAAGGAGAGAGAAAAGGCAACAACUCCAUGGGGUAGCUAGAGGCAGCAACUAGAAGUGGAACACAGAUGUGAAAGGGUCCAGAAAUGUGAGAGAUACAUAGAUGUGAAGGUCGUUACAGAUGAACGAGAAGGUUUUAGUCUUGGGAGAGUCCCUGAUUCAGUCAUUUGUUCAUUCAUUUAUUCAUUCAAGUGCCUAGUAUGGAAGAGAUUCCAAAUGUGAAAGAAAUACAGAGAUGGGAGUGGCUCAAAUGCAAGGGAUUCUAAAACAGGACAUGCUGGAUGUAGGAGAGGCAGUGCAAAUGUAAGGAAAGUCCAACUGUGGAUAUCUGUUAUGUGUCCGUGGAAGUAUCGCAGGAGGGUACAUAUACAUGUCCUAGAGAGGAGAGACCCAGAAGGAGAGGAUCUUGCUAGACUUUGGGGGUGGGGAGUCAGGGAGAGCAGAAGAACCUCCCGAGAGACACUAAUUUACCUAGGGGGUAUAUGUUUUGUGGGGAAACUCAUGACUUGAGGUUCAGAGCUAUGCACAUAGGCAGAAGCCCUUUGCAUGUUCCCAGCCUGAACAAUGGACCCUUGGAGGUGGGUGCUAAGUACAGGUAUACGUUUCAUUUUGGCACAUGUUACAGCUGGGGUUGGGGGCCUUCCUUCCCAGACCAAUGCCCCUUGUCCUUUGCUCCCUGGUGUCCUCAUUCCCUCCGGGCAUUCCCAGGAUGGGUCACUGAGGGUACCAAUUCCAUAAAUACUCCUUAUUCACUGUGUGGAUACCCCAACCCCAAUACAAUCUUUCUUGUAUUUUUUAAAAUAAAGACAUUUACACAGAAAA